CCGUUAAUUCAUGAUUGCCUCUUUUGUGCUCUGUGAGUGAGUUUGUAUACACGCGCAACCAAGCGAUUACGCUUCGUGGCAGCGUAAAAACAAAGGUGGGAAAAAAGGUUAAAAGGCGAUUCGUUCAAUCUGCUUCGCGCGCGCAUUAUCCCGAGGAUGGAGAACAGCGGCGAGAGCGGCGAUGACGGUCCGCUGGGGUCGACGUUCCUGGGCGGUAGUGCAGUCGCGGCGUCCUACAUCGGCGUACAGUCGGAUGACAUGGAAGAUGAUCCUGAGAACACGGAUGAUUCGAAUCAUGGGGCAGAUCCCCUGCAAAGCCCCGGAGUUUCCACCGUCGGUGGACCGCUUCGCGAGCAGGAUCGCUUCCUGCCGAUCGCGAACGUUGCCAAGAUCAUGAAGCGGGCUAUCCCAGAGUCUGGAAAGAUUGCCAAGGACGCACGUGAGUGCGUGCAGGAAUGCGUCUCAGAGUUUAUCUCGUUUAUUACAUCGGAGGCAAGCGACCGGUGUCACAUGGAGAAGCGUAAGACUAUCAACGGCGAGGACAUUCUGUUCGCCAUGACCACGCUCGGCUUUGACAAUUAUGUCGAACCGUUGAAGGUGUACCUACAGAAAUAUCGCGAGGCGACGAAAGGCGACAACCCGCAAGGGAAUGUACCCGCUGCCGCCGGCAACGGGAAGACGGAGCCGCAGAGCAUGUAUGAGGAUCAACUGUUCGCCAUCACCGCGACGGCGUCCAGCGUGACCACCUCCGAUUCGUCAGUUAUCUACAGUUAUGCGUCGAACGAGCAGAUGCAGUUCCAGCUUUCCUGAUCACUGGGAGUUGAAGUGAUAUUGAUAUAAUAAGUAUUUAUCGCGUAUCUGUUCCCGAGACACACGGUGCGUGAUCUAUGUGUGUGUAUGUGUGUGUGUGUAUGUGUGUGUGUGAGAGAGAGAGAGAGAGAGAGAGACAUGGGCAUGAGAAAUGGAUCGCGUGAUCACAAUGAAUUCAAUCGCACGUGGGAAGAGGAAGUACGGCUUUUUGCCUAGCAAUAUGCGUAGAGCAACGUAAUUUAAGUUUUAAUAUUAAGAUCAUGAUCAUAUUGUAAGAGAUUCGGUCAAGGCGAAGUGUCGGAGAGAUAAGAGUAAACUUUAAUCUUUGUAAAGAAACAACUUGUAUAAGCGUGAGAGCGUAAAAGAAAAUAAACCAGGAGGCUUCGCGAACGAGAA